CUUUGUAAACACACAGCCAUGGAGAGAGGGAGGGAAAAGGAGGAGGAGGCCUGCUCGGCCUAGUACUGCUCAGGGAAGCCUUUUCACGGUUGCCCCCGGCAACCCAUAGACUCCCAUUACAGCCAGCCAGGCAGGUGGAGGAUUAACAGUCACAGGCUGUGGCGAUGCAACAGGUGACACCGGGACAUCAUCGCUGUCUGGAGGAUAUACGCCUCAUCUGAGAUCACUUCAACCUGUGCCGUUGACCCGACACACCAUUCCCACCAUGGAGAAGUACGAGAAGUUGGCCAAGAUUGGUGAAGGAUCCUACGGAGUGGUGUUCAAAUGUCGAAACAAGGAGACUGGGCAAGUGGUGGCCAUCAAAAAGUUUGUGGAGUCCGAGGACGAUCCGGUUAUUAAAAAGAUAGCUUUGCGUGAAAUACGUAUGCUAAAGCAACUAAAACACAGCAAUCUGGUGAAUCUGCUGGAGGUUUUCCGCAGGAAGAGGAAACUCCACCUAGUCUUUGAAUAUUGUGACCAAACUGUUCUUAACGAGUUGGAGAGACACCCAAAUGGGGUCCCUGACACAACAACAAAGAACAUUGUACAGCAGAUUCUGCAAGCUGUCAACUUCUGCCAUAAGCACAAUUGCAUCCACCGAGACGUCAAACCAGAGAAUAUACUGCUGACCAAGCAAGGAGUCAUAAAACUCUGUGACUUUGGCUUUGCAAGAAUCUUAACUCGGCCUGGAGAUGAUUAUACAGAUUAUGUGGCUACACGAUGGUACCGUGCUCCAGAACUGCUGGUUGGGGACACCCAGUACGGGGCGGCAGUCGAUGUUUGGGCCAUAGGUUGUGUCUUUGCUGAGCUGCUGUCUGGACAACCUCUGUGGCCCGGAAAAUCUGACGUGGACCAACUCUACCUCAUCAUUAGAACACUUGGAAAGCUCAUUCCCAGACACCAGUACAUCUUCCACAGUAAUGAGUACUUCCAUGGUGCCAGCAUCCCGGAACCUGAUCCAGACGAUGUGGAGACUUUGGAGGAGAAAUUCCCUCAUAUCCAACCUGCAGCCAUGACCUUCAUGAAGGGCUGCCUGCAGAUGGAUCCCGAUGACAGACUGACCUGUGAGCAGCUCCUGGAGAGUGUUUACCUAAACCCCGCCCGUGAGGAGCCAGAAAAGAGGAAUAGGAAGGGGAGGAGGAGGCAACAGACUCAACUCCUUCCUCAUAUUCCCGGAAAUGGAGUCUCUCCAGCCCCAGAGGGGAAAAACAAACCCCGUCCACAGAAGUUUGACCAUUUCCCCAACAUUUAGACGCUCCAAGGACCUCAUGUCAGCUUCAAAGUCAUAAGAGUGAUCCCUGGAGUGGAAGUCUGCCACUGCUACUGACAGCAUUUUUAGAUGACUUUACACAAAAGAAAAUAUGUAAAAACAGAACUGUGACUUCUACAAGACUCGUUACUCUGUGGGAUCGUCUGAGGAUCUCUCUGUUCUCUGUGACUCUUCACUGGUUUUGUUUUGUUAAAGGGGCUUCUUCAAUUUAUGCCCCUUCUGACCUCAGGAUACAACAGUUAUUAGAGACACAUGUCAAUAGUCCAUGGGGCAACUCAACGGUUCACUACGGAAAGAAGUUCAUGUUAGUGAGUUUAAUUUACAUCCAUCCAAUGUUCUCCAUGGGCCACUCAAGAGGAGGACCCGCCCCUUAUAUCAUCCUAAAUCAUUGGAUCUCCUUUAAACCAAGACAUUACCUCUCCUGUCCUAUUAUUUUAAGGCCUUGUAUAUGCCUUGUAGUUCCACAUCCAAUAUACGUAGAAGGAUAAGGCAACUGUGCACUGAACACGAAGACCAGCCCUCUCAUACCUGGAAGUAAAUGUGGAUCUACCCAUAGUCUUCAUGUAUUGGUGAAAGCUGGGGCCUGUCAUGAAACAUGGAUACUGCUGCUAGUAACGUCUUUCUCUAAAAUUGUUAGAUUUCCUUUUUCAGUUCUCAGGAUAUUUUGAAAACCAAGAACCAUAAGUACUAAUCUACCAUUUACUAAUUCAAUCAACUGGUAAACCUCAA